AUGAUACGUAUCGUGGCUGGGAGCCUCGCAAACGAAGUCACAGAAAUGAAAAAUGGAAAUAAUAUCUCUGACCCAGCCGUACAAUGGCGAGGUAUAAAACGCAUAUUUGUUCACAAUGAAUUUAAUUUCCCGAUCAAUGAUAUCGCUUUGUUAAUAGUUGAUAACCCGUGGAAAUUUGACCACUCUGUUCAUUCCGUUCAAGUGGCUAAAGAAGGCGAAGACAAUUGGGCCAACUGCAUCGUCGCGGGAUACGGCCGCGUUUCGCACGAUUCUAAAGCGCCUUCAUCACCGACUCUAUUGCUGGCCUACAUCAACAUUCUGUCUAAGAAUAACUGUAGCACUUUGUGGGAAAUUAAUAUGGAUAAGUUCGUCUGUUCCGACUCGGUGGUGUCGUCGGAUGUCGCGAAGGGAGACUCUGGAGGUCCUUUAGUUUGCGACGGCCAAAGCAAGGCUUCUUUAUUUCCUGAAAACGAACGUCUAGUUGGUGUUAUAUGCGGCAAGAAUUUCGACAAAACAACUUUAUUCACUCGAGUUUCAGGUUAUAGCGAAUUUAUCACCCGCUUGAGAGCAAGCAGCGUUGAAACAUCCAGUGCCGUCGUCAAAGUGAAGCAUCACCGGCGACAUCAGAAGAACAACCAGUCAGAUUGUUCUAAGGGUUUGGUGCAGCAGUCCACUGUGUUCGCUUUUGCUGUGGUGCUACUGCACGGCCCUGCCACGUCACCAGCCUGUCCCGCGCAGACACCCGCGCACCCACGCCACGCGCCCACGCCACGCGCCUGCGCCCCUGCGCCACGCGUCCGCGCCCACGCCGCGCGCCAACACCCCGCCAUCUUGUUGCACUGCACUGCAUUCGCCGCUCUCACCUUCAUUUGCUAA